GCAUGUUUCUCCACAGCAUCAGUCUGAAGGACACUUUCUGGACAUUUCAGAGAGAGAAAAAAAAAAGCCCACAAGCCCUUAAAACAGAGAAGAAAUUGACUUUUUCUUCAGUGGGAUGAAGCAUGUAAGGCAUUUCACCCCCUCCUUAUUUCUCAGUUUGGUGCAUGUUUGCCUGGUUCAGGCAAAUUAUGCCCCCUAUUUCUUUGAUAAUGGAGCCAGAAGCACAAAUGGGAACAUGGCACUUUUCAGCCUUUCGGAGGACACACCUGUUGGUACCCAUGUGUACACUCUGAAUGGAACUGAUCCAGAAGGAGAUCCAGUGACAUAUGACCUGACCUAUGAAGCAGGAUCAAGACUCUACUUUUCUGUUGACAAGAACCUUGGAAAUGUUACACUGAUCGAGGAGCUUGACAGAGAGAAGGAAGAUGAGAUUGAAGUUAUUGUCAGUAUUUCAGAUGGCCUGAAUACAGUUUCUGAAAAAGUCAGGAUUCUUGUAAUGGAUGCUAAUGAUGAGAGCCCAGAGUUCAUCAAUACACCUUACAUAGUCGAAGUCCCAGAGAACACUCCCUCCAGCAGCAGUAUCUUUAAGAUUGAGGCAGUAGACAAAGACACGGGUUCUGGAGGAAGUGUCACCUACUUCUUGCAGAACAUCCAUGCUAAUAAGUUCACAAUAGACCGUCACAGUGGUGUCCUGCGCAUCAAACCAGGGGUCACCCUGGACUAUGAGAAAUCAAGAACGCAUUUUGUUGUGGUUGUAGCCAAGGAUGGUGGUGGGAAGCUCAGGGGAGACAACAAAGUGUUUUCAGCCACAACAACAGUUACUAUCAAUGUGGAGGAUGUUCAGGACACUCCUCCCAUGUUCAUUGGGACUCCCUACUAUGGAUAUGUCUAUGAGGAUACCCUCGUGGGCUCUGAAGUCCUUACUGUUGUUGCUCUUGAUGGAGACAGAGGAAAACCUAACAGUAUUCAUUACUGCAUUGUGAAUGGAAGUGAAGGUUCAUUUGAAAUCAACAACACUACUGGAGCCAUUUCUGUGAUAAAAAGCCCAAAUCAGCUCAGGAAAGAAGUGUAUGAACUAAAAGUUCAGGCAUCAGAAGUUGAUCAGGAAAGUGAUGCCUCCGUGUACACUUUUGCCAUGGUGACGAUACGUGUGGUUGACCUCAACAACCAUCCACCAACAUUCUAUGGAGAAAAUGGUCCCCAGAACAGAUUUCAACUGACCAUGUACGAGCAUCCCCCAGAGGGUGAAAUCUUAAGGGGAUUGAAGAUUACAGUCAAUGAUUCAGACCAGGGAGCCAAUGCUAAAUUCAACCUUCGUCUUGUUGGACCUGGUGGCAUCUUCCGAGUGGUUCCCCAAACUGUCCUGAAUGAGGCUCAGGUUACAAUAAUAGUGGAAAAUUCUGCUGCUAUUGACUAUGAAAAAUUUGAGGUGUUAACCUUCAAGCUUCUUGCAAUAGAGGUGAACACACCAGAGAAAUUCAGCUCGACAGCUGACGUAGUGAUUCGCUUGCUGGAUACCAAUGACAACGUCCCUAAGUUUUCCUCUGACUACUACAUUGCCAGGAUCCCUGAGAACUCCCCAGGGGGCUCCAAUGUAGUUGCUGUUACA